UCUGUGUUGUUGAUUAAAAGAUCUACUGCUCCACUGCUGGCUUCAAUAUCCACCAGUCAACCAUGCAUUAGCAUUAUGGAACUAGCUGACAUUUUAAAACAAAAAGAAGAAAUUUUUUAGCAUCUAGAAACUCAAAGGAGAGCUGAACUUGAAAUACAACACAGUUAAACAAAUGAAAAAUACCUUCAGGAGAACAGCAAAAGACCACAGACAAAUAAAGAAAAGACAGAACUACUGAAGAAGAGCAAGAAUUGACUGGGUUGUAAGCUUUCAACAUGGGCUUUGCACCUACAUCUUUCUCAGAAGCAGCCCUUACACCACCAUUAUUUAAGGCAACUACAAGCUCCUCAACAGAUGUUGAAGGAUUUGAUAUCGGAGUCAUUGCAGGGGUGAUUGCUGCUGUUUUCGUGACACUUCUGACUGCUCUGGUGCUGAUCACAAUCUACUUGUACAAACACAAAGGUAGCUACCGUACCAAUGAGAAUCCUGAAGAGGAGGCAAGCAAAGCCCUACAAAUGGAGCACAGCACAUCCAGCCAGGACAAGCAGGAAUAUUUCCUCUAGCUUAUAAAAGAUAAAAAGAUCUCAAGUGAAUGUUAAACUUUAACAUAUGUCAUUAGGGACUUGUAUUUAUGACUGCAUUUUAGUAUGUGAUUUUUGUUUUUCAAACUUGAAGAGACUGGGCUGGAACAGCCUUGAAUAAAAGAAAACAACAAGUCUGUAGUUGACUGCCUUUCUUCACGUUGAAGGCUGCACAUUAGUUUGAUCCUAGCAGGCUCCAGCUGAGUGCUUUAUAUAUUCUUUUGCACUCUUACCUUGAAAUACGGGAGUUGAAACAUGUUGUGAAGAAAUGAAAAAAUGCAUCCGUUCUAUAGUAUGCACUUGUUAUAAUGGGAUUUUUCCAAUUAACACAUUGCUGAUAAAAUGAUUUGCAGCUCUGGUUGGUAACCACUAAUUGAAAACUGGUUGCUUUUUUCCUGUACUGAUUUAGGUUAGUCUCUCGCAUUGUAUAAACUAAUGUACUUGGGCGUCCAUUGAGCACACAUUUGUAUCACAUAUGUAAAUGGUACAUUAUCCUGUUUUUUAUUUUUUAAACUAAGAGCUGCAGUUCCAUGAUCUAUAUUUUCUUAGAAUUGUUGUAGAUUUGAUGCAGCUCCAGGCAUCAAUCUUUGCAGUUAUUUAUUUGCAGCUCACUAUAUGCUGAGCACAUGUAAAACUAUGUAUUAUCAUUGUACCAACUGUUUUUUUGUUUUGCUAAAAAUAAAUGAAUUUUUACAUUUUACAA